GGGAAGGAAUCUGGGAGGCUGUGCCUCCGGGUUGCGCUAAGAGUCUAAGUCAUUGCUCAGAAACCUCUGAUAGGUGGGCCUUAGCGGAAACGCCGCCGAGCACCGUGAGAAUCAGGAAACGCAUCCCUGUCUGUCUGCCUGGGAAGAGACCUAGAAACUGGCACGUCUCUGAGGGAAGAUGAGGAAAAGGCUGUAAAUCAGCCAAAAGAGCCUUGAAGUACUCUCCGUGUGGGAAAGUGAUGGCUGGUGGAAGGAGGCAAACCCCACAAGGAAAGAUGGCUUAGCAGCAGCUGCAGCUGCCAAACCAGGCCCGGUGGGAUGUGCCCUUAGACCACCAUGGACGGAGCCCACAGAGCAGCCCUGCAGCUGCAGCACCUCCCGCCCGCGAGCAGUGCUGACCCUGUGAGUGAGGCUUCCUUCUCCUACAAGGAAAACUUGAUCGGUGCCCUCCUGGCGAUUUUCGGACACCUUGUGGUCAGCAUUGCACUUAACCUCCAGAAGUACUGUCACAUCCGCCUUGCGGGCUCCAAGGACCCUCGGGCCUAUUUCAAGACCAAGACAUGGUGGCUGGGCCUGUUCCUGAUGCUGCUGGGCGAGCUGGGCGUGUUUGCCUCCUACGCCUUCGCCCCGCUCUCGCUGAUUGUGCCCCUCAGUGCCGUCUCCGUGAUAGCCAGCGCCAUCAUAGGAAUCAUAUUCAUCAAAGAAAAAUGGAAACCUAAGGACUUCCUGAGGCGCUACAUCUUAUCCUUCAUUGGCUGCGGUCUGGCCAUCGUGGGUACCUACUUGCUGGUGACAUUCGCACCCAACAGUCACGAGAAGAUGACAGGCGAGAACGUCAUCAGACAUCUUGUGAGCUGGCCUUUUCUCCUGUACAUGCUCGUGGAGAUCAUCCUCUUCUGCUUGCUGCUGUACUUCUACAAGGAGAGGAACGCCAACAACAUUGUUGUGAUUCUCCUCUUGGUGGCGUUACUUGGCUCAAUGACCGUGGUGACAGUGAAGGCUGUGGCCGGGAUGCUCGUCUUGUCCAUACAGGGGAACCUGCAGCUCGACUACCCCAUCUUCUAUGUGAUGUUCGUGUGCAUGGUGGCAACUGCUAUCUAUCAAGCUGCGUUUUUAGGUCAAGCCUCACAGAUGUAUGACUCCUCUCUGAUUGCCAGUGUGGGCUACAUUCUAUCCACUACCGUGGCUAUCACAGCAGGCGCCACCUUCUACCUGGACUUCCUCGGGGAGGACGUGCUGCACGUCUGCAUGUUUGCACUGGGGUGCCUCAUCGCAUUCUUGGGCGUCUUCUUAAUCACACGUAACAGGAAGAAGGCCAUUCCCUUUGAGCCCUACAUUUCCAUGGAUGCCAUGCCAGGUAUGCAAAACAUGCAUGACAAAGGGAUGACCGUCCAGCCUGACCUCAAAGCUUCUUUUUCCUACGGGGCCCUGGAAAACAAUGACAACAUUUCUGAGAUCUACGCUCCCGCCACGCUGCCCAUCAUGCAGGAAGAACAUGGCUCUAGAAGCGCCUCUGGGGUUCCCUAUCGCGUCCUGGAACACACCAAGAAGGAGUGA